AUGGGCCCAUCCCGUAGAUACCUCUCUCCCUACGAGGAGUUCUACCGGAAGCGGGGUGAAAACCAUAAGCAUCGAGGAUUCUAUAUUCAGGCGACUUUCCGUUCUCAGCUCACUUUGGAACGGGUAUGGCUUGCCCUUCAUCGCACGCUUACUACGUACCCGAUAUUGGCGUCAAAUCUCGCUAAGGACGAUGAGGGUAAGUAUUAUUAUCAGCCGCUCAAAAUUUCCUUAAAGGAUAUCUUGGAGAUCUUGGAACCCGACGAAUGGCUUGAAAAUGGGGUGGUGUCUGAACUAUUCAUGAAACGAACUAAUCAGCACCACUGGUCAAUCUACGAUGGCACCCCGUUGAUGAGAUUAGUAUUAUUGGGAGACCAUGUGCUCGUGGGGAUGUUUGAACACACGAUCGUUGACGGUAUGGCUGGCCGGUAUUUCUUCGAGUACUUCGCUCUGCAAUUACUGUCGGCUCCCAAAAAUAGUUUUGUCACUCCCGACUCGAUUGUUUUCGAUCCUGCCAAUCCUCACGGCACUUUCCCACCGCCUAUCGAUGAGAUUGUGCCUUACCCUAAACCUGGCGAUGCGAUGACCACCCAGCGUGAGUGUCCUAGUGAUGGUGAGAAAUGGGACGGCAGAUUACUCGCGGAAUACCCUUAUUCGUUGGCAUUUAAACACAUCCACUUAUCGGCGGAAGAGCUCAGUGAAGUAUUGGCCCGUUGUCGUAAGGAAAAAGUGUCGCUUACCGUGUUUGUCGAAGCAGUGAUCGCCAUCGUUUUGUCCAAAUUGAGUGGAAACAAAUACCAAAGCCACUGUGCUGCCAUGUCGAUGCGCCAUUUUAUGCCUGAAGAGUUUCAAGAGCCUUACAUCAUCUCAGUACAAGCCAGUCUUGGUAUACGCGAAUGGUACCGGGGACUGGACGGCUUCUCUUGGGACCGUGUGAGGCUGGCCCAUCAGAACUUACGCUCAGAUGCCAAAAACCCGUUGCUUAUGCAAUGUAUGCAAGGUUGGGUAGAUUUCUACACUACUGACAAAGAUGCUGACCCUUUUUUCGAUUCCAUUCUCGGUAAGCCAAAGGCUGAUACGGUAAAGAUAUCCAACUUGGGCUAUGUGGAAUCGCUGGAGAUAACCGAUAUGGUGUUUUUCCAGGACGUCAUGGCUGGUUCUGCUGAUUUCAUGAUCAACGUGGUGCUGACGUCCACUGGCGGGUUGAAUUUUGUGUGGACUUAUUGUGAUCACAAGAACAAAGAGGAAGUGGAGCCUUUGGUGGCUACUUUCAAGGACCAACUAUUGCACUACGUGAGAGUUUGA